CGGUUGGAUGACUUGGAUCCUAAACCCUCAAGCCUCUUUCCGUUUCGUCUUCAUAAGUUGUUCCUCGUUACCUUGUUCUCCAGUUGGGACCUGCAAUUUCAUCGUAUGGCUUGGAGGCUUCGUUCCCUCUUUUCCCUUAAUUCUUGUCUCUGCAAAGUCCCAAAACCCCAGAUUCUUCCGAGAUUGGAGUAUCCGUCUGAUUCUGCUUUAAGCACAUCAGCAACUCACUAUGGGUUUCGUCCAUGUUUUCAAGCUUCACGAUCAUAUGCUCGUGGUAAUCAUAAGUAUUAUGAUCUUUUUGGGAAUGGAAAACCUGGUGACAAGGAUUUAAGGAAAGCCUGGAACAAAGAAACUAAAGAAGAUGAUUGCUUAUGGACAGGCAGUGAAGAUGAGAAAGAUGACGGAAAGGAUGACAAGAGUCAUCUGGAAGAAGAGAUCCGAAAAGUUAAACAGCAGGCAAGGGAGCACUCUGACCUAAUCGAUGCCGAUGAUAGUGAUGAGUUGAGAAGUGUUUGGUCUGGAAGUGAUGAGGAGAAGUCUCUGUGGACUGGUAGUGAAGGUGAUGAAGAUGAUGAUAUUCCUACUGAAGCCUACCCAAAUGAAAAAAGUGACAAAUACAUAGAUAAGCUGUUUGAAUUUGAGGAAACAUCGAAGUAUCGGACAAUCUCAGAAUUACUAAAAGCAGAACAAGAACCAGAGGAGCUUUCCCCUGGAAAGCAAGCCAGGAAAAUUGCAGUUGAGAAUGCAUUGAGAAAGUUGAAGAAAGGGCCGGACGGGAGAUAUGUUAAUGUAUGGGAAGUCAUGAGUGACCUAGAUAUAUUAAUAGGAGCAUUUGAAAAUAUAGUUUCAGGACCAGAAUAUGCAGAGCUGAGACAAGGGGGGCCUAAGAAAUUAAAUUUGCAGUUCUUCAAGGAUAUACAAGCGCGCAUGAGAGAUCCAAAUUAUAAGUUCUCGCCCGAGUUGAAGCUGAAACCAAAGAGCAAAUUAGUUCCGAAAAAGAGAUGGCAGAAGACACAGUCUAGGCGGAGGAAAGCACAAAAGCGCUAA